UUCACGCCUGCAUCACCUUGGCUCUCUGGAGAACUAUAUAAGUCCCCUUGUAAUACAAAAGUUUUGUAGAGCAAAAGCAAAAAAAACAAAGCAGAUUUUGAAUUGUAAACCAAAAUCGAAAUGGUCUAUUCCUUCAAACUCUACUUCUCCUUGUUGGUCACUCUUGUGCCAUGGUUUCUUUUCAUUAGCCUCUCCGAUGCAAGGCCAAACCGGAAACCAACAACUACUCUAAUCAAUCAAAUUUGUUCCCAAACGAUCGGAAAUCCCUCACUGUGUCUACAAGUCUUAGAAUCCGAUACUCGUUCCGCUCGUGCAGACCUAAGAGGCCUUGGCAAAAUCUCAAUCGACAUAGCACGUAAAGAUGCUAAACAGACGUCCAAUCUCAGCACCUCGCUUAUGAAGGAAGCUACUAACAGUUCAUUAAAAGGGCGAUACGACUAUUGUGCCGAACUUUAUGGAGAUGCCAUUGAUGACCUUAACGGAGCCGGGCAGAUAUUGAACAAGAAGGUUUUGAGCCCGUUGGAUAUCUCGGAUUUUCGGAUUAGAGCCACGACUGCUUGUUCUGGACCAAAUUUUUGUGACGAUGGCUUUGAUGAAGGACUACCAAAUGAGCCAUCAAAGCUUAAGGAAGCAAGUAAGAAGUAUAAAGACCUUUGCGAGAUUGUUUUGGUUAUUGGGGCUAGUUUUAAGUCUGGAUAGAGAGAGUGGUUUUGUCAUGUGGUAACGCAUGUAUGACUUUGAAGAAAUAAAAUCUCAUUCAAUUCUUAAAUAUUAUGUUCCAUUUUAAUUUUCAUGUGGAUUUCAUCCACUGAAAUGCUUAUUUGUACACUGUUUUUUUAAUUUUAUUUUGGUAACUGGGUGGGUAUCACGUCCAAGAUACC